CUAACUCCACCUUAAGAAGCUCACUAAAGUGCCACUUUGAUACUUUUUUCAGCUCCUGUUUUUUUCCAGGUAGUGAAAGCAGGCGCGCUCCCGACAGUGACAGCUAGAGCAGAAGAGCUCGAGAGGGACGUGCAAGCUCGUGUGCGCGCGAGAGAAGUUUGGGUCACAUCACUGGCGGCUGAAAGCUAUCAAAACUCGCCAAGUGUUUGCCCUCGACUAUCCUUGAAGCAUUUUGAAGGUUUGUUUGCCUGGAAUACAAAGGGAACAUUGUUUUCUUUUCUUUUUUGAGGAUUUGAAACCUCACCUCAGCGCUCUAUGGCACGUUGGCGUCGUGAUGUCUAACUUAUUUUCAUGCACUUGCUAGAACAGGUAUAUUGUGCUCAUAUACCAAAGAGUGACAGAGCAACGACACCGUGUCUACGUCUGGCUGUACAAGGUGCUGGGAAACCAUGGAUCACCUCACUUCCAAAUCCCAAUGUUUUCAUCAUCUGCUCUUCAUCAUUCUGUGUGUCUUUCCUGGAUCACUGGGCCAGACCUCAAUCCCCAGGGGCUGUGGAGAUAAUGUGGACUCCUUGUAUUUUAAACUCUGUGACCUGACAACAGUCUGGGGUGUUAUAGUGGAGUCAUUUGCAGCUGCUGGUUUGUUGGCCACCCUGAUUCUUCUGAUCGUGCUGCUAGCCAGCCUACCCUUCGUCACUGACAAGAAGUGGCGCAGUGCAUUAGGGCUUCACACAGGGUUCCUCAUCUUCACAUUUGGACUGUUCGCCCUCACAUUUGCCUUCAUCAUCGGGAACAACUUUGCCACAUGCACGUCACGCCGCUUUCUGUUUGGUGUGCUGUUCGCUGGCUGCUUCUCUUGCCUUCUCAUGCAAGCUGUGAGGUUGAACAUACUGGCCAGGAGGAAUUCGGCGCCCAGAGGUUGGGUUUGGUGCUUGGGGGCUCUGGGGCUCUGGCUGGUAGAAGUUGUCAUCAACACAGAAUGGCUAAUCAUUACUAUUGUGCGAUACCCAACUAAUGUCACUGGAAUUCUGGCUUCUGCUACUCCUGUUCCCUGUAUUAUUGAAAAACAGGAUUUUGUCAUGGCGCUCAUUUAUGUUCUAAAUCUACUAUUGGCGGUUGUGGUGGCAUCCAUACCCAUAUUGGCAGGUAAGCACAAGCAUUGGCGCAAAGAUGGAGCCCUCAUCCUGGUCACAGGACUGUUUUCGGUGGGCAUCUGGGUGGCGUGGAUUGUCAUGUAUGUGUAUGGGAACGCAAAGAACGGUGGGUCGACUUGGGACGAUCCCACAUUGGCAAUAGCACUGGUUUCAAACGCGUGGGUGUUUCUGCUACUUCACACGGUGCCAGCGGUGUGUAGCCUGAGUGAGGAAGAUGAAGAUGCAGCUGUCGGGGAAAAUCUGUUCCCCAGCGGAGGGUACGAGGACAUUUUGAAGGAGCAAAGUGCACAUAUGGAAAAUAAGGCCUUCUCUAUGGAUGAGCGCAAUGCAGGUAAUAAGCCUGUGUCCCCAUACAGUGACUAUAACGGCCAACACCGAAGUUGUGUUUACCAACCGACAGAACUGGCCAUCAUCACCAAAGGAAUGAACAAAGGAAAUUACAUCAGAAGACCCCAGUGAUCAGCUCACCUAAACUAGUUUUUAUUUAUUUUUUAUUUUUAUUUUUUUCUGGUGUUUCUAAAUCAAGAUUUGUGAUUUUGUUUUUCUUUUCAUCGCUGUGCUCGACCGCAUAGACAGACUUCUGUGAACUCAGACUGAAUGAGCAACAGUUAGGUGGUUUGCUCCACUGAAAGCCAAUGUGUUGGGUUAUCUCAACCUUAAUGAACAGCAGAAGAUGUUGUACAGUAUGGCUUGGUUGUGCAUUGGGCACAUUCAAAAGAUAAGUUGUAAAAAUGAUUGUAUAGACUACUGCAAUGCUACCAAUUGUGUUUACUAAGGAACACAGACCAGCAAAGGACUGUAAAAUAAAUGUGUGCUGGUUUUCUGUCACUUUUCCUGUAUAAUGAGUUUUGAAAUGCUGCUUCUGUAAACUUAGCUGUAGCAAUACCAUACAUAUGCAUAAGCUUGAAAUUACAUGUAUAAAAUGUGCAAUCACAAUCAUUUUGGUGCAGCAGCAAGACUGAUUAUUUCAUUAUUUUCCCAAGUUUGUAUUUAUUGUGACUGUAAAUUAGAAUUAAACUCAAGCUGAACAGAAUACCUUUUCAAACCA